UUGUGUGUGAAAGUGUAAAGCCUCCACGAGACAAUAACAGACGCUAAUGGCGCUCAAAGCCCUUUCCACAUUUCUCUCCCCUCUCUUUCUUCCAAAGCACCACUCUCUCUCUAUCUUCAACCCUACACCCCUCAAUAUUUACCGGCAACCCACUCCCGUUUCCUGCAAAUCCAUUCACUCGCACUCCCCAACCCAAUUUCCACCCUCCGAUACGAAUUUACUGUCUUCCGAUCCCGAAGGUACCGGUGCAGCUGCGCCAACCCGGGGAGACCGGUUUCUCGAAAGGCAACAGGCUGAAGAGGCGGCUAAGCUUGUCAUAAAGGAGAGUAAGAAGAAGAAGAAGAAGGUUCUGAAGGUUAAUACGAAAACCGCCUGUUGCUAUGGUUGCGGAGCUCCAUUGCAGACUUUGGAGCUGGAUGCUCCGGGUUAUGUGGAUAAGGAUACCUAUGAAUUGAAGAAGAAACAUCACCAGCUAAGAACGAUUCUUUGUGGGAGAUGUAGGCUUUUAUCUCAUGGGCAUAUGAUAACUGCUGUUGGUGGGAAUGGAGGUUAUUCUGGGGGCAAGCAGUUUGUUUCGGCUGAUGAGCUUCGAGAAAAGCUCUCUCACUUGCGACACGAGAAGGCUUUGAUUGUUAAAUUGGUUGAUAUUGUGGACUUUAACGGCAGCUUCCUAUCCCAUGUGCGUGAUCUUGCUGGUGCAAAUCCUAUAAUACUAGUUGUGACUAAGGUUGAUCUCCUUCCAAAAGGGACAGAUUUUAAUUGUGUGGGUGAUUGGGUUGUGGAGGCCACUACAAAGAAGAAGCUUAAUGUCUUGAGUGUGCAUCUUACUAGCUCGAAGUCUUUUGUAGGGAUAGUUGGAGUUGCAUCAGAAAUCCAAAAGGAGAAGAAGGGACGGGACGUAUACAUUCUGGGAUCAGCUAAUGUUGGAAAAUCUGCAUUUAUAAGCGCCUUACUGAAGAUGAUGGCACAAAGGGAUCCAGCAGCUGCAGCAGCACAAAAGUACAAACCGAUACAAUCUGCUGUUCCUGGAACUACUUUGGGUCCAAUCCAGAUUGAUGCUUUCCUUGGAGGAGGGAAAUUGUAUGAUACACCGGGGGUUCAUCUUCACCAUAGGCAAGCUGCAGUAGUUCACUCAGAAGAUUUACCUAUCCUUGCUCCUCAGAGUCGGCUUAGAGGCCAAUUAUUCCCUGUUGCUUCCAAAAAUGGGAUGGCAGGGAUAUCCGGUACCAAUGGCUUAAAUGGAUUCUCAAUACUUUGGGGUGGCCUUGUUAGAAUUGAUAUCUUGAAGGUUCUCCCGGAGACAUGUUUGACCUUUUAUGGUCCAAAGCGGUUGCCAAUUCAUGCUGUGCCUACUGAUGAAGCAGAUGAAUUUUAUAAGAAAGAGCUUGGAGUUCUGUUGACACCACCAACUGGAAAGGAUAGAGCAGCUGAAUGGAGAGGACUGGAGACAGUGCAGCAAUUGCAAAUAAACUUUGAGGAUGCAGAAAGACCUGCUUGUGAUGUGGCUAUUUCAGGACUGGGUUGGAUUACCGUUGAACCGAAACACAAGUCUCUUGGAGUAUCUGAAAGUAAUUUUGCAGAAACAAUCAAAGAAUUGCAAUUUGCAGUCCAUGUACCCAAGCCAGUUGAAAUUUUUGUUAGGCCUUCGAUACCCGUUGGUAAGUCCGGAACAGAAUGGUACCAGUACCGAGAGUUAACAGAAAAGGAAGAAGAAAUAAGACCAAAGUGGUAUUUCUAAGGGCUUUUUUUUUUUUUUUAAUUUUCUUUGUACUGUAUGUGUUUAGUUGGGAUGAUAUUGGCUGUAAAGCUGAGAAAUAUUCAUGCUGUAUACACAAUGAAACUGAGAAUACGAAGCGGGAGCUUGUUUGU